AAGUCCCAGAAUCCUCCGCGGCGCAGGGAGGAGAAGGUGACAGGGACGGCGAACAUGGCGGCCGCUUACCUCACUCACCAGCAGAAGGUGAUGCGGCUUUACAAGAAGUCUUUGCGACACCUGGAGUCCUGGUGCAUCUUCAGGGACAAGUACCGCUUCUUUGCGUGUGUGCUGCGAGCUCGCUUCGAUGACAACAAGAACGAAAAGGACAUGGUGAAGGCCACCAUGAUGCUGAAGGCAGGAGAGGAGGAGUUCUGGACCAAUCAGCAUCCUCAACCCUACAUCUUCCCCGACUCUCCGGGAGGGACGUCAUACGAGAGAUACGAGUGCUACAAGGUUCCUGAGUGGGUACUGGAUCACUGGCAUCCGUCAGAAAAGGCCAUGUACCCCGACUACUUCUCUAAGAGGGAGCAGUGGAAGAAGCUGAGGAUGCAGAGCUGGGAAAAAGAGGUGGCUCAACUUCAGGCCGAGACUCCAGCAGGUGGCCCCAAGAACGAAGCCCUCCCACCUGCCCGCAGGGAGGGUGACCUCCCCCCUCUGUGGUGGCAGUAUGUCACCCGUCCCCGGGAGUGUCCCUGAUAAACAUCCUCCUCCUCUUCAUCAUCAUCAUCUGCAGCGUGAGAAGGAAAACCGUCCUCACAGCACCUACAGCAGCACACACACCGGUUACACUGUGUGUGUGUGUGUGUGUGAGGGAUGAGUCAUUAGAGGAUUCUACUGUCAUCUGUUAUAAGAGACUCUGAAAAUCCUGCACAUGUUUCACUAAAUAAUAAAUUACUGUUCAAUAAAUGUGUGAUCAAA